AUGGAUAACAACAUAGCAAGAAGGCCAAAAUGGAAGAAAGAACUCAUUGAAGAGAAACUAACAUUUUCCCAUCUACAAUUUAAUGUUGGGAAGGAGAAUUUGUCCAUAUUCGAUAAGGUAUUUGUGGGAGAGUUUUCGAAAGCUGGUAAUACAUAUAACCUCCAGGAUGCAAUGCAUGCUCAAGGAUACUUCAACAUCAAAGUCACGCCUAUGGGGGGAAAGUUUAUGCUUGCUUGA